AUGGUAGCGAUGCUGGGCCCUCCGCCACCGGAUUUUCGUCGCAAGUCUCCCCACAGCCUGAAGUAUUGGGAUUCCUCAGGGCAAUGGAAAGGGGCGGUAGAAGUACCGCAUAAUUCAUUGGAGGACUCGGAAGAGUAUCUCGAGGGUGGCAACGAGAAGAUGUUUAUCCAGUUUGUUAGAAAGAUGCUGCGAUGGGAUCCAGAGGAGAGGCAGAGCGCCCGUGAACUUUUAAUGGAUCCUUGGUUAGCCACUCCGUAG